UAUCGCGAGGACUGUACGCAAUGCUUCGACUCUAUCGUAAGCUGAUAUGUGAACCCCAGGUGCUCCCAGGCUCACGUAGACUUACACAACCCAGGAUGACCCCAGCGGCCUCGAUGUUUGCCUGUUCUGCUUUAACGGCGGCUGCACGAGCGAGCGGAACCACUCCUCCCUCCACGCGUCCAAGACAAGCCACCCUCUCGUCCUAAACAUCAAGCGCACGCGCAAACAUGUCCAACGCGACGAGCCUCCCCAGAAGGUCUCUAAACUCGCCAUUGCCGCCGAGACCGAGGCCGACCGCUAUGACACAACAACGGCCGUGAAGUGCUACGCUUGCGGCGUCGACGGCGUAGACAAGAGCUCGGGGAAGCUCUCAGAGGUUGUCGAUGCAGUGUUGAAGGCCAAUACCUUCGCGCGGCAAGAGGAAGUCAAGGCGUGGGAGCAGGAGAUGACGGCAUGCGAGCACACACUUUGUCUGGAGCAGGAUGCGGCACGCCAGAUAGAGCCCCAGGGCCUGGGCCAGUGCUCUUCGUGCGACCUCAAGGAGAACCUGUGGCUCUGCUUGUCAUGCGGCAACCUGGGCUGCGGGCGACAGCAAUUCGGCGGCAUCGGCGGCAACUCCCAUGGCGUGGCGCACACGAAAUCUUCAGGUCAUCCUGUGGCUGUCAAGCUUGGCUCUUUGACCGCUGACGGGACUGCCGACAUCUACUGCUAUGCCUGCGACGAGGAGCGCGUCGACCCAGAGCUACCCAACCACUUGGCACACUGGGGCAUCAACAUCAAGGACAGAAUCAAGACGGAGAAGAGCUUGACCGAGAUGCAGGUGGAGCAGAAUCUCUUGUGGGAGUUCUCCAUGACUACGGAAGAUGGCAAGGAGCUGAAGCCGCUGUUUGGGCCCAACUUCACCGGCCUGAAGAAUCUUGGAAAUAGCUGCUAUCUUAACAGCACGCUGCAGGCUUUGUUUGCCAUGCCCGAAUUCGCGGAUCGCUACUACCUUCCGGACCAGCCUCCACCAGAUGCUCCCCAGCCUGCCGAAGACUUGGAGACUCAGCUUCGAAAGAUCGCCGACGGUCUACUGUCAGGGCGUUACUCGAAGCCUGAUAGCGAUGUUAUCGUAUCGGAGAAUACCCCAGAGGUUCCUCACCAGAAAGGACUUGCUCCUGCCAUGCUGAAGCACCUCAUCGGACGCGGCCACGAGGAGUUCUCCACAAUGCGACAGCAAGAUGCAUUCGAGUUGUUGUUACACCUCUUGAAGCUCAUCUCAAGGUCACAGCAUGUGGCACCCGCCCAAGACCCAGUCGACGCCUUCAGAUUUGUCAUGGAGCAGCGCUUACAGUGCCUCAACUGCAAGAAGGUUCGGUAUCGAGAUGAUGAGCAAGAGAACAUAUCAAUCCCAGUUCCCAUUCGAAGGCUACCUAAGGACGACUCGAUGGAAGUGACGGACAGCGAAGGCAAGGAGAAGCCCAAAGAGGAGUUUGAGUCCGUCACGCUGAAGGAAUGCUUGGACAUCUUCACAGCUGAUGAAGUAGUCGAGCUUACCUGUGAGGCCUGCGGUAGCAAGGCAGGCUUCACCAAGAAGAGCUUGUUCAAGACUUUCCCUGCGGUACUGGCAGUGAACGCACGUCGCUUCGAGAUUGUAAACUGGGUGCCGACUAAACAAGACGUACCAGUCAUCGUUGGUGACGAGGCUUUCUCAUUCGACACAUACAAAUCAAAGGGUCUCCAGCCAGAUGAGGAGCUACUUCCUGAGGAUGCCGACACAGGCAGUGCGGCAAGCAAGUGGGUGCCAAACGAAGGGGCAUUGUCCAUGCUCGAAGCAAUGGGUUUCCCCCGAGUCCGGUGCGAGAAGGCCUUGCACGCAACUGGAAACGCGGAUCCGGAGGCUGCAUCCAAUUGGCUAUUUGCGCACAUGGAGGAUCCUGAUAUCGAUACUCCAGUAGACUUCAAUGCAGGCAGUGGCUCUGGUGGUGGAGCUUCAUCAGCUGUUGACCCUGAGAAGAUUGAGAAUCUGGGUGCAAUGGGCUUCAGCGCGCCACAGGCACGACAGGCACUGAAGGAGACUGGAGGCGACAUGGAGCGAGCUGUGGACUGGCUAUUCAGCCAUCCAGAUGCUCAAGGAGAUUUCGACGAGGGCGGCAGUUCGGAGGAACCAACGGCUGCGAAAGAGAAGACAUUGGCAGGGAGCGACAAGCUGCCGGCCAAGUUCCAGCUGCAGUCGAUUGUUUGUCACAAGGGCAGCUCUAUCCACGCCGGGCACUAUGUCGCGUUCGUGCGCAAGCAGAUCCCCGACGAGCAAUCUGCAGCCUGGGUGCUCUUCAACGACGAGAAGGUGGCCAAGGCAGCAGAUGUGGAAGACAUGAAGAAGUUUGCCUAUGUGUAUUUCUUUAGGCGUUUGUAAGCGGGGGGUCUGGGUCCUGCAUAUUGGGGAGCACUAGCAUUGCGGGCGGCGCAGAGACGGCGGGAAGGUGUCAACAUGUUGGAUUCGGAGCGGGCGCAAACAUCAUACUGGAAAGCACAACGAAGCAUAGACAGGACAGCCGGGUUGACGACGGGAUACAAUGCACGAUAUGAUGAUCAGAUAAGAUAGCAACAGCAUGUUGGUAACG